CUAUUACAUUUAUUGAGAAAGAUAUUUGAAAUGGCCCAACCAGAAACUUUAGCAUUAGAGCUUAGCCCGAAGGAGAAAAUUAUGGAAAAGAUGUCGGUUGCAGCUAUGCAGAAUAGUAUGGAAAUGCCCUCGAUGUCUGGUGUCUCACUUAACGUCAUGUCAAACAAGAUGUCGGUUACAGCUAUGCAGAUGGAAAUGCCCUCGAUGCAGAUGUCUGGUAUCGCACUUAACACCAUGAGCAAGCAGGGGUUUGAAAGACGAAGUAGUAUGUUUGCUGCCCAUCCGAAAGUCAAACACGGAGUAUCAGAAAUACAUUCUAGAGGUUCAUUUUCACUAAAAGGGCAUGUUGAUCCAGCUGUAGGGCUCGUUGCAAGUUCUGGAGACAUUGAAAGACUGUCCGAUGUAUCUGACAUACCUAAAGAAUUGGUAAGACAGACUGAGUCAAAAGAUUCAAUGGAUUCGAAUAAUGCAAGGCGGAAAAAGUCUGUGCCGCAAUAUGAGAAUACCUACCGUAUGGAACCAACUAGAAAACCUACACGAAAAGAACUUACCAACCUUUUUGAGAAAGUAUUAAGUGAUAUUCCAUCUGAAAAGGCCAACAGUCCAGACUUUCAUACCGGGGUCAAGUUAGGACAGGAUUUGGCGGACGAAGUUAUAGCUGAAUGUCACAACUUAGAAGUGGAGAGGUACCGGUUUGUGUGCCUAUCAACAGUUAUAAGUCGAGAGGGAACCAGCGCUUACCAGGCUAGCAGACUACUGUCGGACCAGGAUAGAGAUACCUGGGAGGAAGCGAGUCUGAAACUUGCUAAUGUUAACAUCCAUCUCCAACUCUACUGUGUUUAUCUAGACUGAAUCUAAGCAUGCCAUCAAUGUUUUCAUCAUCAGAUUUAAAAUUCUAUGCUUUUUCUGCUCUUAGGAUUUUCAUAAUUAUUCAAGUCCAAGAUCAUUA